CCUCCUCCCUCUCCCCCCUUUGUCGCUCCCCCCUUUGUCGCUCCCCCCUUCUUGUCCCCAAACCCCCCCAGGCUUGUCUUCCGCAAUCCUCGCUGUGCGAGCCCACCCGCAACCAUGAGGUACAGCCUGAUCGCCGCGCUACCGGCCCUGGCCGCAGCGUCGCCCACCUUCUCGACAGAGACGAUCCACAAGGACUCGGCUCCCGUCCUGUCGUCGACGACGGCCAAGGAGGUGCCCAACAGCUACAUGGUCGUGUUCAAGAAGCACGUCAAGGAUGCCUCCAAGCACCACGACUGGGUCCAGAGCGUCCACUCCAAGAACUCACAGGAGCGCAUGGAGCUGCGAAAGCGCUCCACGGACCUGCCUGUGACCAGCGAGGUCUUUGCUGGCCUCAAGCACACAUACGAGAUGACCGGCAUGAAGGGCUACUCGGGUCAUUUUGACGACGAGACCCUCGAGGCGAUCCGUAACCACCCUGAUGUUGACUACAUCGAACGCGACUCGGAGGUCCACACGCUCGGCGGCGAGGAGCCCGAGAUCGAGAAGAACUCCCCCUGGGGUCUUGCCCGUAUCUCGCACCGCGACUCGCUGAGCUUCGGCACCUGGAACAAGUACCUCUACGCCGCCGACGGCGGUGAGGGUGUUGACAUCUAUGUCAUCGACACUGGCACAAACACCAAGCACGUCGACUUUGAGGGUCGUGCCAAGUGGGGCAAGACCAUCCCCAACGGUGACUCCGACGAGGAUGGCAACGGCCACGGCACCCACUGCUCGGGCACGGCUGCCGGUAAGAAGUACGGUGUUGCCAAGAAGGCACACGUGUACGCCGUCAAGGUGCUCCGCUCCAACGGCUCGGGCACCAUGUCCGAUGUCGUCAAGGGCGUUGAGUUCGCGGCCAAGUCUCAUCUCGAGACUGUCCAGGCUGCCAAGAACGGCAAGAAGAAGGGCUUCAAGGGCAGCACUGCCAACAUGAGCUUGGGAGGUGGCAAGUCCACCACCCUCGACAUGGCUGUCAACGCCGCCGUCGACGCUGGCCUCCACUUCGCCGUGGCUGCCGGUAACGACAACGCCGACUCGUGCAACUACUCCCCUGCUGCGGCUGAGAACGCCGUCACCGUCGGUGCCUCCACUCUUCUCGAUGAGCGUGCCUACUUCUCCAACUACGGAAAGUGCAACGACAUCUUUGCCCCUGGUCUCAACAUUCUCUCCACUUGGAUCGGCUCUGAGCACGCCACCAACACCAUCUCUGGUACCUCGAUGGCCUCGCCUCACAUUGCUGGUCUCCUUGCCUACAUGCUGUCUCUUCAGCCUGCCAAGGACUCUGCUUACGCUGUUGCCGACAUCACCCCCAAGAAGCUCAAGGCUAACUUGAUCGCUAUUGGCACCGUUGGUGCUCUCUCUGACGUGCCCAGCAACACCGCCAACGUCCUCGCCUGGAACGGUGGUGGCUCGUCCAACUACUCUGAGAUUGUUGAGAAGGGCGGCUACACGGUCAAGAAGGCUGCCAAGGAGCAGAAGGAGUCUGAGUUCACCAUCACCAUCCCAUCUCUCUCCGAGCUUGAGGAGGACUUCGAGAAGGCCAAGGAGUCUGCUGGCCGCAAGACUCACCGUGUUGGAGGUAAGCUCCAGGAACUCGAGGCUGAGAUCGAGGACUUCAUCGCCGAGGAGAUGAGCGAGAUGUUCAAGGAGGUCAAGGAGCGCCUCGCUAGCCACUAAAUGGCAAGAUGGUUAUAAUUCACACGUUCAGACGUGAUCUACUUCUACAUGGCACGGGAUGAUUUGGGAACAGGCGUCGAAUGGUGAUACGGCGCGUAUGUUUUCAUAUUUCAUUGGGCACAAUUUGAUGUAACUGUAUGCUACUGGAUGGGUUCGGAUACGAAACGUACAACGAGAUGGACUAGAUAUCUGGAAAUGAAUCUUCUUAUCUCCAUA